UGGAAGAAAUGUCUAAAAAUAGUUGGAUUCUGAUGAUACUAUAUUUCUUCCAUACUUGAGCUGCGGGGUUCACGGCGUUUGUAUCGGCUCUGCUUCUCUCUGCAUCCACACAGCGCGCUCCCGGAGGCGGAGGAGGAUGGAGGAGCCUUCCUGUCAGCCGCUGAGGGGAGCUUCAUCCAGCCGUGAGCAGCUCUCACAUCCCGGAACAUCACCGUGAGCGCGCAAGGUACCAGGACUCGUCGUGCUGCAUGGCCUCGGUGGCUGCGGGGUUCUGGGGUUCGUCCGUUUGCUGCUCGCAAUCCAAACUCUCAGGAACUGGCAGCUUGAAACUGGGAGGAGGCCGCUCUCCUCCGCCCAUGUCGUCUGGCCGGAGAUGUUCAGGAGUGUCGGGUCUCGGGGGCGGAGCCGUGUCUCCGGGGCCCGUGGUGGUGGAGGUGGCAGAGCCGGGUACCGGUGAGGGCCGCAGGGAGCUGUUCGAGGCCUGCCAGAGCGGAGACCUGGAGCAGGUCCGGAAACUGGUGACGGCCGAGAACGUGAACAGCAGAGACACGGCGGGCCGGAAAUCCACGCCACUGCACUUCGCUGCAGGCUUUGGCCGUAAAGACGUGGUGGACUUCCUCCUCCAGAACGGCGCCAACGUCCACGCCAGGGAUGAUGGCGGUCUGAUAUCGCUCCACAACGCCUGCUCCUUCGGCCACGCUGAGGUUGUGAGUCUGCUGCUUCACCACGGGGCGGACGCCAACGCCAGAGACAACUGGAACUACACCCCGCUCCACGAGGCAGCCAUCAAGGGCAAGAUCGACGUGUGCAUAGUGUUGUUGCAGCACGGUGCUGAGCCGACCAUCAGGAACACCGACGGUCGAACUGCUCUGGAUCUGGCUGAUGCGUCCGCCAAAGCGGUCCUGACAGGUGAAUACAGAAAAGAUGAGCUUCUGGAAAGUGCCAGGAGCGGGAACGAAGAGAAGCUGAUGGCUCUGCUGACGCCGCUCAACGUCAACUGUCACGCCAGUGAUGGGCGAAAGUCGACGCCACUACACCUCGCCGCUGGUUACAACCGCGUGAAGACGGUGCAGCUGUUACUGCAGCACGGCGCCGACGUACACGCCAAGGAUAAGGGGGACCUGGUUCCUCUUCAUAACGCUUGUUCGUACGGCCACUACGAGGUCACCGAGCUGCUGGUGAAGCACGGCGCCUGCGUGAACGCUAUGGACCUGUGGCAGUUCACGCCUCUGCAUGAAGCUGCUUCCAAGAACCGCGUGGAGGUGUGCGCUCUGCUGCUGAGCUACAGCGCCGACCCCACCUUCCUGAACUGUCACAAUAAAAGCUCCAUCGACCUCGCUCCAACCACACAGCUGAAGGAGCGGCUCGCCCAUGAGUUCAGAGGUCACAGCCUGCUGCAGGCGGCAAGGGACGCCGACAUGGUUCAAGUAAAGAAGCAUCUGAGCGUGGAGACCAUCAGCUUCAAACACCCGCACACUCAGGAGACGGCGCUGCAUUGUGCGUCUGCCUCUCCGUACCCAAAGAGGAAGCAAGUGUGUGAAGUUCUGCUGAGGAAGGGUGCCAACGUCAACGAGAAGACUAAAGACCUGCUGACCCCGCUCCAUGUGGCGUCAGAGAAAGCCCACAACGAUGUCAUUGAGGUUCUGGUGAAACACGAAGCGAAGGUGAACGCGGUGGAUCAUCUCGGCCAGACGGCGCUGCAUCGAGCCGCUCGCUGCGGCCACCUGCAGACCUGCAGGCUGCUGCUGACCGCCGGCUGCGACCCGCUGCUCACAUCGCUGCAGGGAUUGUCACCAUCACAGCUGGGCAACGAGAGCGUGCAGGAGAUACUGCAAGCAGAAGGAUUUCUGAUCGGGAACUCUGAAGUCAACCGACAGCUGCUGGAAGCGUCCAAAUCAGGAGAUCUGGAAACCGUCAAGAAGCUCUGCACAGCACAGAACGUGAACUGCAGGGAUGUGGAGGGUCGGCAGUCCACGCCGCUGCAUUUUGCUGCCGGCUACAACCGUCUGGCAGUCGUCCAGUUCCUGCUGCAGCACGGAGCCGACGUCCACGCCAAGGAUAAAGGGGGUUUGGUUCCUCUCCAUAACGCCUGUUCCUACGGUCAUUAUGAAGUCGCAGAGCUGCUGGUUCUUCACGGCGCCGUGGUCAACGUGGCCGACCUCUGGAAGUUCACACCGCUGCACGAAGCUGCUGCCAAAGGCAAAUACGAUAUCUGCAAACUUCUGCUGCAGCAUGGCGCCGACCCGACCCGGAAAAACCGGGACGGUAACACCCCUCUGGAUCUGGUGAAGGACACUGACACGGACAUCCAGGACCUCCUGCGGGGUGACGCCGCCCUGCUGGACGCCGCCAAGAAAGGCUGCCUGGCUCGAGUGAAGAAACUCUGUGCUCGAGACAACGUCAACUGUCGAGACCAACACGGGAGGCACUCCACGCCGCUGCACCUGGCCGCGGGCUAUAAUAACUUGGAGGUGGCGGAGUACCUUUUGCAGCACGGAGCUGAGGUCAACUCUCAGGACAAAGGCGGACUGAUCCCUCUGCACAACGCUGCCUCGUACGGGCACGUGGAUGUGGCGGCUCUCCUCAUCAAGUACGACGCCUGUGUGAACGCCACUGAUAAGUGGGCGUUCACGCCGCUUCACGAGGCCGCUCACAAGGGACGCACGCAGCUCUGCGCUCUCCUAUUGGCUCACGGCGCUGACCCGACCCUGCGGAACCAGGAAGGACAGUCGCCUCUGGACCUGGUCACAGCUGAUGAUGUCCGGGCCUUGCUAACAGCGGCGAUGCCUCCCUCCGCUCUCCCUGGCUGUUACAAACCUCAGGUCAUCAGCGUAGCGGCGUCUGCCUCCGGUGCUCCACCUGUCACCGCCAUCAUCCCACCACUCCUCUCCUCCAACCCUUCUUCGUCAUCCGCCUGCCCUACACCUUCUGUCCUCCUGUCUUCUUCCCCUUCCACCUCUUCCUCCUCCACAUCUGCAGCAGCGACCAGUAACACUGCCGCCGCUGCAACCCUCUCAUCUUCACCGCCGCCAUCGUCUUCAUCAUCCUCACCACUUCCUGAGAUGCUGGCCCUGCUGUCGGCUGCAGAAGGAUCCCCGGGUGCAGAGAAGAAAGACGAAGGGACUGAGCUCAGCAUCUGUCAGUUCUUGAAGAACCUGGGGUUGGAGCAUCUUCUGGAGAUCUUCGACAGGGAGCAGAUCACUCUAGACGUUCUGGUGGAGAUGGGUCAUCGCGAGCUGAAGGAGAUCGGCAUCAACGCCUACGGACACAGACACAAGAUCAUCAAAGGAGUGGAGAGGCUCAUCAGUGGGCCGCAGAGUCUGAAUCCGUAUCUGACGCUGAACACAGCCAACAGUGGGACGAUCUUAAUCGACCUCUCGGCCGACGACAAGGAGUUCCAGUCGGUGGAGGAGGAGAUGCAGAGCACCAUCAGAGAGCACCGGGACGGCGGCCACGCUGGAGGAGUCUUCAACAGAUACAACCUGGUCAAGAUCCAGAAGGUCUGCAACAAGAAGCUGUGGGAGAGGUACAGCCACCGCAGGAAGGAAGUGUCUGAGGAAAAUCACAACCACUCCAAUGAGCGCAUGCUGUUUCACGGCUCGCCAUUCGUCAACGCCAUCAUCCAUAAAGGCUUCGACGAGCGCCAUGCCUACAUCGGGGGGAUGUUCGGCGCCGGGAUUUACUUUGCAGAGAACUCGUCAAAGAGUAACCAGUACGUCUACGGCAUCGGAGGAGGGACGGGCUGUCCGUUCCACAAAGACCGCUCCUGCUACGUCUGCCACAGGCACCUGUUGUUCUGCAGGGUGACUCUGGGUAAAUCCUUCCUGCAGUUCAGCGCCAUGAAGAUGGCUCAUUCGCCGCCGGGUCACCACUCCGUCACCGGCAGGCCGAGCGUUAACGGCCUCGCUCUGGCUGAGUACGUCAUCUACAGAGGAGAGCAGGCCUACCCCGAGUACCUGGUCACCUACCAGAUCAUAAAGCCUGAAGCCUCCGCAGACGGAUGAAGAAGAACGAGUCAGGGAAGGAAAACAUGAAGAAACGCCAGAAUCUCCACUAACUGCAUGCACAGAGAAAACUUUAUUUAUACCAUGUAUAAAACAUGUAGGUUGUUAUCAGAUGACUGGGUUUUUUUUGUGGUUUUAUGCACUUUAUUGACUUCCGUCCUGAUGUGAUGUGACUGUUGAUUUCAUCCUCUUGUCGUUAAAAACGUGUUGUUCACAUAUUUCAGGUCAUUUUUCAAAAACUGCCACCAAAUCCAUGUACUUGACCCACGCGACGUGUUGUUGAUGUUUGAACCCACGUGAUGGGAAGUUGCUGUAAUUGGCAGAUAAAUGGGUUCAUUGCUCCCCGUCUUUGAAAACGGCGACGUAACGGCGAACGGUUGCUCGCUGCAGACAGAACAGUCAAAACAACCCUACAUGUUGCCUGGCAACCUCCUGACGAGAUGAAGAACUGACUUGGUUUCAUGGAGAUGUUACGUGUAUAUUUAUCUUUUGUACAAGCAUGUCAGUUUAUUAAUAUUUAUGAAGUGAAAAUAUCGUGUUGGUUUUUGAAGACCGGGUUUUCUCUGAAUCAGCCUGAACGAGCCGCAGUCUCUGAUUGGCUAGCGUUGUCACACAGUUCAGGAAAACCUGAAUCUGAUUCAUCAAACAAAUAUUAUUUACCUGCCGCAGACGUACCUGAGCAGUCUUAGCCUGACUGCAGAUCUCUGACUGAUUUAUUUUGUUCAUAUUCCAGCUCAGUGGUUUUAUCCCAGGUCAGAAAAGCUUUUUAUGAUACACAGUUUUAAAAAAAUACAGCCCUUAACAAAUUUAUUAGACAACCUGUCAUAAAAACAAGGAAACACACAUAUUUUAGAAAUCUGUCAAAAACUUGAUUAAAACUAAUAAAUUAUAUUGUUACUUAUUAGGCAGACAACAAAAAAUACCCCUUUUUUAUAUUCCAAAUUUGAGCCGGCUGGAUGUCUGUCAGGAGUUAAAAGCGUAUCAUUCAACGACUAAAACAACUAAAUCAAACAACUUAAUUAAAAACAACUUCACCAUUUUUUCAGCAUUUUUGUGAAAACAGUAAAUUAGAAAAUUCAACAACAACAAUAACUACAUUUUAGCAUUAAAAAAUCAGUGUUAAUUAAAGUUUUUACACUUACUGGUGAAUUAACAUUACAGAAAAAUCUAAAAUGAUUUUGGUCAUUUCUAAUCGUUUAAAUUUAGGGCAGCUGUGGCGUCAAAUAUAAAUUUGUUAAUCACUCUUCAUGUUUAUGUGAUGCUGACCUCUGUCAGACAAACUGCUUCAGCUCCUGACUCUUUAAGCCCCGCCUCUCGAAAAGCUCAAUUUUUUUCUGACUGGCCAAAAUAAGGAAGCCUUCCGAGGGGCAGUGUUUGUACUUUAAUAUAUUAAAAAAAAAAAAAAAAAACAGGGACCACUUUAAUGCAAGUUCAUCAGAUUCUUUGAUUUUUUUUUUUGUCACAUUUAAUCCAGACAUCAAACAUAACUUAAAGCUAUAUUUGAUAGAAAAUAACAAAAAGUGAACAUUUAAAAAUAUUUAUGUUGGACUGAAGAGUUUUGAGUUUUGAGUUUAAGUGUUAGCGUAGCAUGCCUUCAAACAAACAGCCAGAUGGAGAAGUUAAACUGUCAAAUCUGUUUUAUAGCUGAAAUGCUAAGCUAACAUGAAAUUCUGUUUGAAGCUGAACAAAGCAACAAAACGCACAACGUCACUAAUUCUUAUUCAUUUAUUUUCUAACUACAGUCCAGAGGGGUGUCCCUCUAUUCAUUAAGUUUCCAUUUUUCUGAACUCGGAUUUUGUCUCUGAAGCGACGGCUGUUAGCAUAACUAAGGUAAUGUAGGUGAACUGGAGAGAGGGAUCACACCAGGAACUGUGUACGUUUGCAAAAACAAUCAGCUAUGAAUUUUAUUUUGAUGCAGACUGAUCGGCUCUCUUUUCUGUGAAACGAGAAAUGUAUCAGAAAUAUGUGGAAUCUCCUCCUGCAGGUAGCAUGAGAGCGUUCAAAUCACUGUUCUGAUCAGGUCUGUAAUCCACAUGCAGCAGGACAAAGAUAAUGAAGCUUUAAACCUGAUAGUUCAGAACGUCCUCGUGGUGGCUGACUGCUCGCCCACUGUUAGCUUACAAACAGGAAGUGCUGAUAGAAAGUUCAGUUUUCUUUAAUGACCCAAAUUAGUCAGAAUGAGAAGAUUUCUGGGCUAAAAGCCGGACUCACAUUAACAAGCUUUCCAAAAAGGUUUCCCUGUUGGGUUUCUCUGCUUUGCACUUUUUAACACAGAGCUAUGUUUCACACUGAGCUUAUUAAAAUAGUAGAGCAGGCGAACGCUCAGCAGACAGGUUUAAUAACAGAGGUUUGCACCGAAACAGGAGGUAAUUUUGUGGGCAAGAGGUGAAAAAGCCUCCCAUAGAGCUGAUGCUGGUUUAAAAUCACUGAGCAUGUAAUGUGUUUUUUUACAACGACUGCUGGAGAGCGAUUCAGAAGUCUGGAGCAUGGUUAGUUACAAAAUUAUGUUCAUUUGGUUUUCUCAAACCUCAGCCGGGGGGGGUCACUUUCCAUCCAUGAGUUCAGAUUUAUAACCCAAAUCAUCUUGAAACGUUUUCUUUUCAGUCCUGCAGAAUCGAAACUUUCAACCCUGGAAAUCAAGGAACAGUCGGAUUUUUUCAGACUGUAAAACCUGCAGGGUAAACGUGCUCCGACUGUUCUCCUCCCGUCCUCUGUGGUGUGAAUGAUGCGUGUGGUGCUGUCUGACUGGAUACGUGGAAGCUGCUCGUUGUGCCCGUUUCAGUGUUUCGGUGCAGACUGGGAGGAAACCAGCAGCUGACAGUGAACGCCUCAUUGACUCUGAUGGACCAAAAUGGUGCUAAUUAAAGGAUUCAUCAGGUUUUUGUGGCAUUUUCAAAGCACAUUUCUCACCCUGGCUGUUUCCUGUGUUUGCAGCGACUGUAAAACAUAGUUAUCUUAAGAUAAAGCUGUUGGUGCUUUAUGGUGUUUGAUCUGUUCGUUGUGGGUUUUUUACCUGCUGUUUCUCAAAUCCUGUACUUCCAAGUCCACGACUGGAUAAAGUCCCCAGAUUUCACUGAGAGGGUGGAGCUCUCAGCUAAAGCCAGCACGCUUGGUUAGAAAGGUGGAUGUGUGAUCAUUUGGACUUUGAUUGGUCGAGAUGUGUGAAACGGAUCAGCUGUGUCCUCGCCGCUCUCUGGGCUGGUUUCCUCUGUUUCUGCUCUGUGAUUGGCUGAAUGAGGACGACAGCUGGACAGUGAAUCCUUAAUGACCCUAUCUGUGGUUUUCCAUGUUUCAUUUAAAUCUCUCUACACUAGCGUCAUCAUGUCCACUCUUUUCUGUUAUUAUAAUAAAAUACUGCAGUGAUGGACCGAGUACUAACUCUGCCUGAAGUUUACAGGUUUAUUAUUUAAUAACUAUGUUGUUCAAAUGUCACGUCUGUAGAAAGUGAAAAUGACAAAAGUGCGCAUGAAUAAAUAAAUGUAUAAAUGAAAAGUUCAGAGUGUGAAUAACACACUUUGAUUUUGAAAACUGACAUAAAUAAAUUCUGUAAUGUUGAUUUUA